AUGGGCGAACAGAACAAAUUAGACGAAUUAAACAAAGUUCAGUCAACCAAAUCGAGAACAAAGGGGGGCGGAGCACGGAACAAGGCAAACUAUGGCAAAUUCAAACAAGACUCAACACAAUACAAAGCGUGUGGAUAUUGUGGUAGAAAGCACAAGUUUGGACGAGAAUUGUGUCCAGCGUGGAGUGAGACGUGUAAUUCGUGUGGAAAGCGGAAUCAUUUCGCAAAGCAAUGCAGACAACGCAGGAGAGACAAUACGAACCAAGUGAAAGAAGCAGACUCGAGCUCCGACUCCGAGUACAUCGAUAGCGUGACUGUGAAACCAGAUAAGAUAAGCUCGAUUAGUCAACAACCAUCGAAAGAAGUAUAUGCUAAAAUGAUCGUGAGAGGCAACCCAAUUAAAUUCCAUGUCGAUUGCGGGGCAACGGUAAACGUGUUACCUAUGAAGUACUUAGCGGGUGAAAACAUCGAACCGACAGAUAGAACUCUACAGAUGUGGAACAAACCAGAAUUAAAGCCAAAGGGAACUUGCCGUCUUACAAUAAGAAAUCCGAAAAAUGAUAAGAAAUAUUCCGUAGAAUUUAUGGCAGUUCAAGAGAAUUUGACACCAUUACUCGGGGCUAAAGCGAUUCAACGCAUGGGAAUUGUCGAAACACAUAAUGAGAACUUUGAACAAGUAGCCCAGGUAAAUUCAGGAAUCAAAGACACAACAAGUACACAGUCAACAACGACAGUGAUGAACCGAAUAAUUGAAGAAUUUGCAAACGUGUUCGAAGGAGAAGUGGGUACGCUAGAAGGAGAACAACAUCUCCAAGUAGAUCCACAUUUAUAA